AUGUAUCAAGGAACAUGGUUAAAACUGUUUACCAAAACCUUUGUCAUCACUAAUGGGAAACCGGGUUUUGUCAUCACUAAUGGGAAACCGGGUUUUGUCAUCACUAAUGGGAAACCAGGUUUUAUCAUCACUAAUGGGAAACCGGGUUUUGUCAUCACUAAUGGGAAACCGAGUUUUGUCAUCACUAAUGGGAAACCGGGCUUUGUCAUCACUAAUGGGAAACCGGGUUUUGUCAUCACUAAUGGGAAACUGAGUUUUGUCAUCACUAAUGGGAAAGCGGGUUUUGUCAUCACUAAUGGGAAACCGGGCUUUUCCCUCACUAAUGGGAAACCGGGCUUUUCCCUCACUAAUGGGAAACCGGGCUUUUCCCUCACUAAUGGGAAACCGGGCUUUUCCCUCACUAAUGGGAAACCAGGCUUUUCCUUCACUAAUGGGAAACCGGGCUUUGUCGUCACUAAUGGGAAACCGGGCUUUGCCGUCACUAAUGGGAAACCGGGCUUUGCCGUCACUAAUGGGAAACCGGGCUUUGCCGUCACUAAUGGGAAACCGGGCUUUGCCGUCACUAAUGGGAAACUGGGCUUUGCCGUCCCUAAUGGGAAACUGGGCCCAGAAUAA